ACCAAGUCAGCUGGAACUAUUAAGCAAUUUAAUGCUAUUAUAGAAAAUAACAUAAUGUUAGCAAAUUAUUUUAAUGACUAAAUUAGUUUUAAAUAAUCAAAAACUUUACGACGAAUAUGCUAAAGGUAUUUUUCAUCUGGACAAUAAGUUUAAUCGUAGACAUACUGGCGUCUGGAAUACUUAUCAUAACAUAAAUUAAAUGGCCAUUUUAGAAAGAAACAUUUUCAUUUUAACUUUGGUCGGGGUAUGGAAACCUGAGCAUUGGAAAGGCUUCAAAGCUGCUCUUUAUUACUUUUACAUUUGCUUGGUGACAAUCGUCAAUCACUCAUUUCUUCUGUCUGGUGUUUUGGAUUUUGAGUUACGAAAUAUCGACGUCGUUGUAAUCAUUGAUAAUCUAUCAUUAUUGAUUUGUGUAUUCACAAUCCGUUAUAAAAUCAUCACAGUACUAUAUUAUCGUAAAUCAAUUGAAGAAUUUAUAACUCGUUUUGAACGAGAUCCAUUCAAAGCAAAAGACAAAGAAGAAGAAAAGAUUUAUAUAAAAUUUGGCAAGUUUACAAAAACGACGUCAAUAUUGUAUGCGGGACUAUUUACUUCAGUGGUAUCGUGGUACUCAGUAGGUCGUAUAUUUCGAAUGAGUCCUCCUGAUACGAUGCCUUAUCAAGGAUGGUUUCCUUAUAACUAUACAAUAUACAAAUAUUAUUGGCCAACGGCUAUUUACCAACUUUACGCAAUCUGCAGUGGUGCAUGGGUCAAUUUAGCUUAUGACUCAAUAUUUUGUUCUAUAUUGUACUAUUUAUGUGCGCAGACACACAUUCUUAAGCAUCGAUUUUCUGUACUAGUGGAAAAUUUACAGAAAAUUAAUAACGGAAACAAUGGUAGCGUAAAUAUCAGAGAAAUUGAACGGAAAAUGAUUGGUGAUUGGGUUGGUUAUCAUAACAACAUUCUCAAUUUAGUAGAAUUUGUGAAAUUUUCAUUCUCAACGGCAAUAUUUGUACAAUACGCAGGGAGUUCUCUUCUACUUUGCAGUAUUGCGUAUACGUUAUCACACACAGAAACUCGGUCAAUAGAUUUUGUUAGUAGUUUUUUUUAUCUCACAGCUAUGACGAUCCAAAUAUUUUUUCAGUGCAUUGCUGCUAAUCAAGUGACAGUUGAGUUCGCUGACAUUACUAAUGCACUUCACAACACAAACUGGUAUAACUUGAGUAAUAAUGUACGAAAAGCGAUGACAAUCAUACUCGCAAAACUUUUAAAACCCAUUUUAAUAAAUAGUGGAUACUUCGUUAUACUAUCGCUAGAGUCAUUUACAAAAGUUAUUAAAUUAUCGUAUACUAUUUAUAACGUACUUGAAUAA